AUGGGGGCGCUGGCGGCGCUGGCCAAGAAGUUGUGGAGCGCGCGGCGGCUGCUGGUGCUGCUGUUCACGCCGCUCGCGCUGCUGCCGGUGGUCUUCGCCCUCCCUCCCAAGGAAGGCCGCUGCCUGUUCACCAUCCUGCUCAUGGUGGUAUACUGGUGCACAGAGGCUCUGCCCCUCUCGGUGACAGCCCUGCUGCCCGUCAUCCUCUUCCCCUUCAUGGGCAUCCUGCCCUCCAGCAAGGUCUGCCCCCAGUACUUCCUCGACACCAACUUCCUCUUCCUCAGUGGUCUGAUCAUGGCUACUGCCGUCGAGGAGUGGAACCUGCACCGGAGAAUUGCCCUCAGGAUCCUGAUGCUCGUUGGGGUCCAGCCAGCCAGGCUCAUCCUGGGGAUGAUGGUGACCACGUCGUUCCUGUCCAUGUGGCUGAGCAAUACUGCCUCCACUGCCAUGAUGCUGCCCAUUGCCAAUGCCAUCCUGAAGAGUCUCUUUGACCAGAAGGAGGGUCGGAAGGACAUCAGCCGGGAGAGUGAGGAGAAUGCAGCUGCUGUGCGGAGAAAUGGCCUUCACACUGUGCCCACGGAGAUGAAAUUUCUUGCCAGCACAGAAGAGAGGGACCCAGAAGAGCAAGAGAUCCCACUAGUUCAGAAUCCAGCAUCUCCCAAGGAAGAGAUUGAAAGGGUGCCUUCUAUUAGAAGGGAUGGAAAACUCUGUUCCCAUGACUCCCAGGGGACCCUCUUGACCCUCUGCUGCUAGUACUCCCUGCCCGUCCUCCCCAAAUUGGCAUGGCUGACCUUGGUCUGCUCUUGUCUCCCUCUGUUCUCCAGUUUCUUUCCGCAGUGCGACGUGGUGAAUUUCGGCUCCUGGUUCAUUUUUGCCUUCCCUCUCGUGCUGUUGUUCCUGUUGUUGGGCUGGAUCUGGAUCUCCUUCCUGUAUGGAGGGUUGAGCUUGAGGGACUGGAGGAAGAAGAAACCCCAGAUAAGAGCUGAUGCAGAAGAUAGGGCCCGAGCUGUGAUUCGGGAAGAAUUCCAGAACCUGGGGCCCACCAAGUUUGCUGAACAGGCUGUUUUCAUCCUUUUCUGCAUGUUCGCCUUGCUCCUCUUCUCCCGGGACCCGAAGUUCAUCCCUGGCUGGGCCAGCUUCUUCACUCCUGGGUUUCUUUCUGAUGCUGUCACCGGUGUGGCCAUUGUCACCAUCUUGUUCUUCUUCCCAUCUCAAAGGCCCUCUCUCAAGUGGUGGUUUGACUUCAAAGCUCCCAACACGGAGACAGAGCCCUUGCUGACCUGGAAGAAGGCCCAGGAGACAGUGCCCUGGAACAUCAUCCUUCUUCUGGGAGGGGGCUUCGCCAUGGCCAAAGGCUGUGAGGAGUCGGGGCUGUCUUUGUGGAUCGGCAGGCAGCUGCACCCCCUGGAGAACGUGCCCCCCAUGCUGGCUGUGCUGCUCAUCACUGUCGUCAUCAUCUUCUUCACAGAGUUUGCCAGCAACACGGCCACCAUUAUCAUCUUCCUGCCUGUCUUGGCGGAGCUGGCCAUCCGCCUGAGAGUGAACCCCCUGUACCUGAUGAUCCCUGGCACGAUUGGCUGCUCCUAUGCCUUCAUGCUGCCCGUCUCCACACCCCCCAACUCAAUUGCCUUCGCCUCUGGACACUUGCUGGUCAAAGACAUGGUGCGGACAGGCCUCCUGAUGAACCUGAUGGGCGUCCUGCUGCUCAGCUUGGCCAUGAAUACCUGGGCACAGGCCAUCUUCCAGCUGGGCACCUUCCCAGACUGGGCCAAUGUCCACUCAGCCAAUGUCACAGCACUGCCACUCACGUUGGCCAAUGACACAUUUCAGACCCUUUGAAUACCCCUGAGAGACUCCCUUUAGGCUGGGCCCUCCCAGAGGGCUAUCACCAUCACCUGCUGCUAGGACCUUGUAGGGCAAUCAAGCAAUUCUUUUUUUGUAAUCAAAUAUGCAGCAAGCAAGGGUGACUUCCAGUGGUC